GUUCGUUCCCAGACAAACUACAUUUCAUUUCAGGGCAAGAAUUUAGGCUCCUUUGAUUGGCGCAAGGAUAGGUAGAAGAUCAAUUCAUUGGAGGCCAUGGCCAUGGAGGAGUCGCCCCAGCUGUUCCUGUGCCCGAUCUCCAUGGAGCUGAUGGAGGACCCCGUCACGGUGUCCACCGGCGUCACCUACGACCGCCGCAGCAUCGAGCGGUGGUUCUUCAAGUACGGCAAGACCACGUGCCCGGCCACCAUGCAGCGCGUCGCCUCCCUCGACCUCACGCCCAACCACACCCUCAAGCGCGUCAUCGCCUCCUGGCAGGACCGCGCCUCCACCUCCUCCUCCGGCCCCUCCAGCCCCGCGGACGCGCUCAAGCCGAUGGCGCGGGAGCGGCUGCCGUCGGUGCUCGCCGGCAUUGAGGGCACGCCCUUCAAGGUCACGGCGCUCAAGGGCCUGAGGCUCUGCAUGGCCGGAGACCAGGUGGCGCGGGACGACUUUGUGGCCUGCGACGGCAUCCAGGUGCUCGGCCGCGUCAUGGCGCAGGCGCUGGCGGAGAGCGGCGCCGGCGGGGAAUUCUCGGCGUUCCGGACGUGCGAGGAGGCCGCCGCCGUCCUCGCCACGCUCCCGCUGUCCGACGAGGAGUCGGUGGACCUGGUGCUGAGGCCCGAGUGCAUGAGGCCCAUGGUCGCGCUGGUCCAGCGCGGCAGCGCCGAGGCGAGGCUGCACGCCAUGUCCAUCCUCGCCAAGGUCUCCGAGGCCAGCGGCGCCCGCAACUGGACCGACGACGUCGACGUCGACGACAUGGUCAAGUCCCUCCUCGACCUCCUCUCCGACGGGGCCUCCUCCAAGCUCAGCUCCCGCGCGCUCGACGUGCUCAUCGACGUCACGGCGCGCUCGCGCUCCAGGGGCGCCCGGCGCGGCAAGGGCGUGGUGGAGGUCGGGGCCGUGCGCGUGCUCGUGGAGCUCCUCCCGGAGGCCGACGGACACGUCGCCGAGCGGGCGCUCCUCCUCCUGAAGCGGCUGUGCAAGUGCCCCGAGGGCCGGCUCGCGUUCGCGGAGCACGGGCUCGCCGUGGCGGCCGUGGUGCGGACCGUGCUGCGGGUGUCCGGCCUGGCCACGAGGCUGGCGGUCAACGUGCUGUGGCUGGUGUCGUGCGCGGCGCGGCCGACGGAGAGGGUGCUGGACGACAUGGUGGCGAGCGGCGGGGUGGCGAAGCUGCUGGCGCUGCUGCAGGCGGACAGCUCGCCGUCGACCAAGGAGAAGGUGGCGAGGAUGCUCAGGGUGCACGGCGCGUUCUGGAGGCAGUACCCUUGCAUCCCCGCCGACCUCAAGGACUACCUCAAAUUUCUCAAGUGAUCUUGCUCGGAUGGGUCCCCUCUGCGUGCUGCGCCGUAGCUCGAUCUGCAAGUGUAAAGAGAAACGGGAGGAUCGAUGGAGUGAAUAUAUUGUUUGGUAGGGAAGAUUGAAAUCCAUGCGUUGAGCAUGAGGAUGCGUGUACAGAUUAAAGGUUCAAAUUGAUUUGAUAGUGGUUUUUUGAUCCACCCAGGGUUCCAUCAUUCAUCAAUUCCAGUUUGGCGGCAUAUCCAUGAUUUGUAUAUACUAGUUGUAUGUAUCAAAUGGUUAUUCAAAGUGA